AUGGAUGGCACAUUGAUCUUUGACUACAUAGUCUGCGGUGGAGGAACUUCAGGAUGUGUCGUUGCUUCAACGCUGGCAUCCAACUUAAACGUCUCUGUCCUGCUCGUCGAAGCAGGGCGAGAUGCAACGGCACCAUCUGACGUUCUCAUCCCAGGCAAAUAUGUCCAUCAACUCUCGGCCGAUCCGGAAGGCCUGUGGCAGUUGCCGACCGUGCCACAGAAAGAACUUGGAGGGCGCUCGAUAUUAUUCUUGCGUGGAAAGCAACUCGGUGGGAGCAGUGCCAUUAACUAUAUGGCUCUAGCUCGUGGACCAGCGGCUGAUUACGACGAGUGGGCUCGUUUGACUGAGGAUGACAGCUGGGCAUGGAAGAACAUCUUGCCACUAAUGAAGCAGCUGGAGGAUUUCCGACCCUCGCGGCCGUGUGGAUUUGAGCAAUACGCAGAUCCGGAUCUGUCGUGCCACGGCGCUGGAGGUCCUAUAAAAGUCGGAUUUGGUGAUGUAAUGACCCCAGGGGUAGAUACGUUUAUUCAAGCAUGUGGGGAGACUGGUAUCCCACUCUGCAAGGAUAACAACGCCGGCGACCCUGUUGGGGUUAGUUUAGCACAGUUCAACACUGGCGGUGGCAUUCGGUCGUAUGCGGCGAACGCCUUUCUCGACCAGCAGAAGCAGGAGAGCCUACCAAAUUUGAAGAUCCUCACGAAUACAGAUGUGGAUCAGGUGAUGUUUGAUAACAAGAAGGCCAAAGGCGUGAAGCUGCACAAUAAAGUCGACAGUACAACACUCGAAGCGUUUUGCCGGAAGGAAGUUAUCAUCUGUCAGGGGACUUUCGGUUCUCCCCAAUUGCUGAUGUUGUCGGGAGUCGGGCGGAAGCAUGAACUGGAACAGCUAGGCAUUCAAUCUGUGCUUGACAACCCUGAGGUCGGCCAAAACAUGUUGGACCACAGCAUCCUCACGAUCGAAUACCAGGUCAGAGAUAGCUCCCCAGCGCAUAAUCAGAUCUUCGCCAAUCCCAAGCUGUUGGCAGAGGCCGACGCCCAAUAUGCCAAGGACAGGACGGGGCCUCAUAACACCUUUGGAACGAGCGGAUCUGUAGCGUUUCCUAAAAUUCAAGAUCUUUUUCAAAGCUCCGAAUUUGAGACGCUCGAUGAAAAGACGAAGAACUUCAUGCUCGAGAAAACGAGGCCGUCCGCUGAAAUAUGGCUAGGUUCGGGUCCGGCAGCUUUCGAGACGGGCUCACCUCAAGAGACUUACAUGACCCACGAGUUGCUGCUGCAGAAUAACCUUUCGAGGGGAACAGUUUCAUUGCAGUCUGCCAAUCCGAGAGACCUCCCUCGUAUAGAUCCUCGGUUUUUGCAACACCCAUACGACAAGAGGAUUGCGAUAGAGACUGUCAGAAAGGCGAUCGCGAUUGGUCGGACACGUGCCUAUCGCUCGAAUAUUCAGCGAAUGGUGCACGGUCCGAAUGGCGAUGAUGAUGAAAGUAUUCUGAGAUUUGUGCGGACAAACCUAGGUCAAGGAUACCAUAGUCUGGGGACAUGUCGGAUGGGCCCAUUGCGCAACAGCCAAGCUGUCGUUGAUCGUUAUUUCCGAGUCAUUGGAGUGGAAGGUCUGAGGGUGGCGGACCUGUCGGUCUGCCCGAUACUCACUUCGAACCACACACAGAUAAAUGCUUAUCUGAUUGGCCAGCGGUGUGCCAAUACUAUUUUGCAUGAUGGUGAGUUAGGUAAGCCGUUGGAACUAGUGUAA